CGCUUUCGAAACCCCACCUCCCCCCAACUCACUCCGGCGUUGGACGGUGACGUCACGUUUUCCCGCUGUGUAGGAGCGAGUCGCGUGCGAGUGGAGGGAGGCCGACGUUUGGGGUCGCGGCCGAGGCGGGAAAUUGCAGCGCGGCUCCGUCUCAUCGAGGCAUGUGUGUCGCCGCGUCUCUUAAGUCAUAAGCAAAGCAACAACAUCAGCAGCAGCAAAGUAACGUAGCCCGGUUUAGUCGUAGGCAAUCUGUCGUCAUUGAUGCCUUGGCAGAGAACGUGACAUUUUAAGUAAAUAUCUUUUUUUUUCUCUUGGGGUUUGAGACUACUUAUAAUGAUGUGCGACUGUGGGACUUGUGUGUGUGUGUAUACAGUACUGGGCCAGCGAUAAGUACAGUGUUUAGUUGAUUGUGUGGUGUUGUACGGUGUCUGGUGUGUAUGGCUUUAACGAUAAUGCAUGGGAGUGACAGUCGUGUAUAAGCUGUACGUGGCCUACUUCCUUCUGGCUGUAUGAGUUCCAUUCCCGGCCACGACUAACACCCAAGUUACAGUAUAUCCAAAGCGGCUAGAGCCUCCCUCACGAAAUCCACACUCACCAGCGUGGUGAAGUAUGGUUAAACUACCAAUUAGCGACACGGUUUUGGGAGGCCUUCAUCCAGCUGUAGAUUAACAACAGGCUGUAAACCAUUAUAUAACGAUGGCUAAUACCAGUAAUACUUUAAAAUGCUAUGAUUUUGUGUUUGCUGUACAAUUGUAAUCGUGUUAUUGUUUGUCUAUAAUGUUUAACGCACCUGUUAAAUCAUUAACGACGUACACGUCAACUAGUUAAAAAGUACAGCGCUGCAAUAAUCGCCGCGAUUAAUGUGUUAUCGUGUUUAUAUUGUAAACGUUGAUCGUUUAUUGCAGUUGAUGGAUGCCAAUAACACUUUAGAAAACUUGUUUUUAUUGUCCAAGCAGAGUGUGUUAAUACACGUUGCUUUUUUUAAUUGCCGUGGUGAAGUAUGGUCUAAUAGCCCGCGUGAGCCCACACAGCAUAGGGAGAGUCCUAAUGUAGCAGCCGAUUGACCGGCACGGUCUGUACAUGUACACGUGGAUCGGUCAACAUACGUUUAUCGACAACUUAAGGGGAGCCACGAUAUUUGAGAUGUUACCUACUUCGCCUGGUAUACAGGAGCACAUGGGUUCGAUCCCAACGCCUGUAUAUUCGGAGUGUGCAUGUUCUCUCCCCGUAGUCGCGUAGAUGUUUUUUUUUCCCCGGGUCCGCGAUUCAUUUUUUACCUGCACUUAGAACCAAGCUUUUAAGAGUAUUUGGCUGCCAUUAAUGUCGACAUGGUAAGCCACUUACUUGAGCUAUGAUUUGUGGCCAAGUCGCUUCUGAAAAAAAUAUGCAUAGCUCUGUGGGCCUUACCUGGUAAAAAAAAUAUAAGUCUUUUUAUUGGCAGACUCUCAUCUCGUGUCUUUAAAUGGCACAAGCCACCUGCUUGAGCCAUUUAAAAACUCAUAAAGUUGAAACGAAGUAACCCGUCAUAAAAAGAGAUACGAUUCAAUAAAAAAAACCUUUCAUAUACAGUACUUGUUUAUUGCAGCUUCUGAGAUAAGGUGAAAAGCGAUAAAGAUUGUCAAGAGAACAAUAACAAUGAUUGCUAAGGUACAAGAACAUGAGAGCUAUGGCCUAACAUUCUCUACAGGCAUGUGUAUAUUUCCCAUCUCAAAGAACAUGGUGUGACAUUUGCGGUGGUGCGGCGUGUAUAAAGAGAGGGCCCCAUGUUGAUGGAUCUUGACGGCGGUGAACAGAGGCCCAGACCGUGAGGAUGGACGUGGGUGACCUGUCAGCACCCGAGGUGCUGGGCUCGCCGCUGAUGGUGCAGCUGGUGACGUGGGUUGCUCAGUUCGCCAUUGUGUUCGGUGGCAUUGUGCCGUACGUGCCACAGUACCGCCAGAUCCGGCGCACGCAGAACUCGGAGGGCUUCUCCAGCCACGUGUGCCUCGUGCUGCUGCUCGCCAACAUCCUGCGCGUCCUCUUCUGGUUCGGCCGGCAGUUUGAGUCCGCGUUGCUGCUGCAGAGCUUCGUGAUGAUCGUGGCCAUGCUGCUCAUGCUGCAGCUGUGCACAGCCGUGCAGGGAUCCUUGGACCUCACCACCAAGCGCCACUACUUCUCAGACCUCGACCUGCGCUACUUCUGGCAGUGGAGCCGCUUCCUCGACUACCUCCAGUUCGUGGCGGCGUUCUCGCUGUUGGCAGCGAGCGCCACCUUCGCGCUGCUCGACCUGACAGCGUACGUCGAGGCCCUGGGCUUCCUGGCGACGUUCUCCGAGGCCAUGCUCGGCACGCCGCAGCUCUACCGCAACUACCGCAACCGCUCUACCGAGGGCAUGAGCGUGGUGAUGGUGCUGAUGUGGACGAGCGGCGACACGUUCAAGACGGUGUACUUCCUGGCGCGCGAAGCGCCGCCACAGUUCUGGGUGUGCGGCCUGAUGCAGGUGUUUGUGGACAUGGCGAUCUUGGGACAGGUGUUCCACUACGGCCGGCUCCCACGCCACACCUCCGCCCACGCUGCCUCCGCCGGAACCGGGAAGGCCUUGUGGAGGUAGGACAGUGUUGACGAUCUAAAGGUAUGUGUGGCUAAAGCACCUGCACUUGAAUACUACCCAAGGUGUACGUACGAUCAGCAAGAUGAUUGACUUGGGCGUGAUCUCACGUGGACUUGAAUACAAAAGGACCGGACGUCGUGAUCAGUGAUGCCUCUUCGUGUCACCGCCAGGAAAACGAUGUCCACCUUAAAGUUGACCUUGGAACUGCGUUGCAGUCGGAGCGCUUACAUGCCAUAUAUUUUGAACACGUUUAAUUUUGUUUUACCGUGGAAGCUGCUGCUUUUGUACGUCGGUUCACGUUUUAAGGAUACAAAUCCUUGUGCGUUUGCACCGCCAUUCUUGUUUGUGUAUGUAUAUAGCAUUACGUAUAAAUGAAUAACUAUUUCAAGAACUGAUUUAUAUGUUUACUUUGGUAAGAUAAUAUAUCUGUAAAUCGGUGUUUGGCAUAAUAUUGGUACUCCAUCCGAUGGGUUGGUGGGGAAUUUGAUAAUUGUGUGAUUAUAUUAAAUAGUGUGCACUGCUUGUGGCUAAUGUGUGUCUGCUAUGUGGCUGGUGGUUCGGUGAUCAUUUAACUCUUUCAAGUGCUGUUAGUGCAGCGACUGGGCGGCCUACGUGUGCAUUAUGGACCCAAAAUGUGUUACUUUUCUAUUUAAUACAUCCCUGUCUUAUCGUUUGGCCUGUCUUCUGAGAAAGUGUGUAUCGUGUUUUAUUAUUUAUACCAGAGAUUUGAGCUGUGCGGGAAAACGAGAAACAAAACAUGAAAUAAAGACAAACAAAAUAAACGUU